AUGUAUGCCAAAAUAUGGUCACCAGAGGUCCUCGAGGCUGCCACUGCCGCCCUAUCUGUUGACGCUCAGAAGCGAGCCGCGCGCGAUGCCCAGAAGAAGGCAGCCAAGGCCGAGGCCGCUGAAGCGAAACAGAACGAGAAGCUCGCUUCGAGUACCAUCACGAUUAAGCGCAUCGAGCGUAACAAAAAGAAAUUCGUAACGGCCGUAUUUGGAUUAGAGGCUUUCGGCCUAGACCUAAAGAAGGUGGCGAAAGACCUAGGCAAGAAAUUUGCUACGGGAUCGUCGGUCACCAAGGUGCCAAGUGGUGGAGAGGAAAUUGUUGUUCAGGGCGAUGUAAGCGAGGAGUUGGAGGAGUUCCUUUUGGAAAAGUACAAGGAUAUCCCUGGUGAGAACAUCGAACUCGUGGACGACAAGAAGAAGAAGAAGGCCGCGGCUGCGGCCGCUGCUUAG